ACAUAUUAUUAAUGCUCCAUUUCUGAGAUACCAUGAUUUACAUCCUGGGCAAGUGCUAGAAGGAAUAGUGUUGACUCUGAAGCCGUUGGGCAUGCAGGUGAAGGUCACUGAGAGUAUCAAAGGCUUUGUCCCCAAUUUACAUCUUGCAGAUGUGAAAUUGAAACAGCCAGAGAAGAAGUAUAGCACGGGGACUACUGUUAAGUGUCGGGUACUUGCCUCCGAUCCUGAAACAAAGAAGCUUAUUCUGACUCUCAAGAGAACCCUUGUUAAUUCCAAGCUCCCUGUCCUUGCCAGUUUUGAAGAUGCCAAGCCAGGCCUGAUCACUCAUGGUUUUAUUGCGUGUGUUAAGGAAUUUGGCUGCAUUGUGAAAUUCUAUAAUGAUGUGAGGGGCUUAGUACCUACUAAUGAACUUGGUUUGCUCCCCUUAACUGUUCCUCAAGAAGCCUUCUAUGAAGGCCAGGUAGUCAAAGUGACUGUAUUAAAAUGUGAGCCUGAGCAGGAAAGAUUGUUGCUUUCAUUCAGAUUGGCAGAGGAUGCUAUUUCAAAGAACGCUGGAAGAACAGAAACUUCAAAGAACCAUGAAAUGGUAUAUGAAACUGGACAGAUUGUAGAUGUAAAAAUUCUGAACAAGAAAGAAGAUGGCCUACAAGUUGCAAUCCUACCCAACAAUGUUUCGGCCUACCUUCCCACGGCACAACUUUCUGAUCACGUGUCCAAUAGCAAGUUGUGGUGGCAUUGGCUCAAGGAAGGUGAUGUUCUCCAAAAGGCUAUAUGCCUCCAUAACAAAGGAGGUCACAUUAUCUUGAGUAGAAAACCGGCGUUGAUUUCCUCUAUGGAGGAUGAACAUUUAGCGAAGAGUUUUGUUGAUAUCCAGCCUGGAUUACUGCUUACUGGCUUCGUAAGAAACAUCAUGUCUUAUGGUGUAUUUGUGGAGUUUCCUUAUGGUUUGACGGGGCUGGCCCCCAAAUCGGCAAUGAGUGACAAGUUUGUGACAGACACCAAAGACCAUUUUGUGGUAGGUCAAACUGUACUUGCCAAGGUGACCAGUGUUGAUGAGGAGAAGCAGCGCAUCUUGCUGUCCCUGAAGAUAUCAGAGUGCUCUGUUCAGGGGUCUGUUUCUGAGAGCUUUGCCCUACUGCAACAGUACUUUAAUGAACUGCAGGAGAUUAUGAGCUUCAUGAGCAAUAGAGAUGAUUCCAAUGUGGCUAAGAAACUCUCCAAAUUAAAAGUGGGGCAGAGGCUAGAACUGGUUGUUACUGAAGUUAAGGCUGAUGGUUCAGCAGUUUUCAGUGGUCCACAUGUUUCUGAUUUGACUGUAAUUGCCAAUUACAGCCAACUUGGAGGCAGAAGUAUUCUUGGCGGUCAAAAAGUAAAAGCUGUAAUUAUCUGUAUUGAUCUUCUAACAUCAAAGAUCUAUGUAUCUCUUCAAGAGGAACUGCUGUCUCUCAAAUCCAAGAAGUUAAUCCUGAAUUCUCAGUAUGAGGCUGUUGUACACCAUGUGGCCACAGAGUAUGCAGUUGUUUCCUUGUUAGGAACAGGUCGGCUGAUUGCAAUCCCAGUGGCUUCCCACUUGAAUGACACAUUCCGAUUUGAUUCUGAAAAACUGAAGAUGGGACAGUCAGUCAAAGUGGUUCUGAAAAGCACACAGAUUGGUGAUCAUGGGAUGUUAUUUGCUGUACAUGAUUCAGGGAAGAAGAAGAAUGUAAUCAGAUCACGUCGUGAAUCAGAGACACUAGAGAAUACCUCACUUGUAACAAAACAGUUGCCAAGCUCAGGAGACAUAGUCAAUGGAAUUGUUAAGUCUGUCAAACCCACUCAUGUCUUAGUGGCAUUUAAUGGUAGGUUGACUGGCUCCAUUCAUGCAUCCCAGAUCCUGGAUGAUGUUAUUGUAGGCACUUUUCCAACAUCAUUACUAAAAGUUGGACAGAAGAUUACUGCUCGGGUGAUUGGAGGCAGAGACAUUAAAAGUCACAAAUAUCUGCCCAUCACCCACACCCACUUCACCCAUACAUUCCUAGAGCUCAGUAUCCGACCAAGUGAACUGAAAAAGGAAAGUAAAGCAGCCUUGAAUGCUGAAAAUGACAGCCCAGAAGAAACACCGAAAUCGGGCCACACAGUGGCAUGCUAUGUUAAGAAGUACAAUGUAUUAAAGAAACGGCUGGAGGUGGAGGUCACUUCUACCAUCAGAGGGAGAGUCCCACAGCUGCUGCUUUUUUCAAAUCCCAAGGAUAUAAAACAUGCAACGAAAUGCUUCAAAAAAGGACAGGCCUUGACUGCAACAGUGACAGAUUGUGAUAUUUCUGGAACCAAACUCUCUCUGUCACUAACAGGCAUUCAUUCAUUGGAGAAAGGAACAAUUACACUUUGCACUGUGAAACGAGUUAUUCCACAUGUUGGUUUGCAUAUUAUCCUUCCCUUUGGAAGGAUUGGUAAAAUCAGUCUUUUCCAGCUAAAUGAUUCAUACACAGAGCAGCCACUUGAAGACUUCAGUAUUGGAAAAAUUCUCAGAUGUUAUAUUCUUUCUGUUGAAGACAAUGCAGUAAAAGUAUCCCUCCGGCCAUCCAGGAUAAAUCCUAAAGGCCGUCAUAAAGUUGAAGAUCCUGAAAUUGUUUCCCUUGAUAACAUUCAGAAUGGUCAACUCAUCAGAGGUUAUGUCAAAUCCAUUACAGCAUCAGGCAUCUCUUUGGGGUUAUCAGAUUCAGUGGUGGGUCAAAUUUCCCUUCAGUAUGUCACCCCACCCUGUAUGAAGUACAUACGUAUAGACCAGCUUCUCACUGCCAAAGUUCUCAGUAUAAACAGAGAAGAAAACCUUGUGGAGCUCUCUCUCCUUCCCGAAGACACAGGGAAGCCAAACAUUAUUCCAUGUGAUGAAAAGCCGUGUGGUGAAAAGGAUACACCCUCCCAGAAAUCAAGAAAUCAAAGGAGGAAGUUUUCUGAAAGCGAGCAGGAGGUAACGCCAGCGAAAAAGAGAGCUUAUUGCACUGAGGACGGUGAUAGUGGUGUUGAGGUUUAUUAUCGGGAGGAAGAGGAGAAGGAAAAGAAGCAUGAGAAGAAGCCUAAGCUGGGAAAAGAAGUUCCAAGACUGAAGGUUUCAACCAGCUUUAUGUGGGAGGAGGGCUUAAAUGUGUUGGAUGGAACCACGUUGAUUCCAACGGAGCACAGCUCAGACAGCGAAGAAGAAAAUGAUGCUGAAUCCAUGGCCAAAAAACAAACAAAAAAGAAACAGGAGCUGGAGAAGCAAAAGGCAGAGAAGGAACUCUCCAAGCUGGAAGCUGCCCUGAUGGAUCCCAAGCGACAGCCGCAGACAGCGGAUGACUUUGACCGCUUGGUCCUCAGCAAUCCUGACAGCUCCAUCCUUUGGUUGCAAUUCAUGGCUUUUCAUCUCCAAGCUACAGAGAUAGAAAAAGCCAGAGCUGUUGCAGAAAGGGCACUAAAAACAAUCUCCUUUAGAGAGGAACAAGAAAAGCUAAAUGUGUGGGUUGCUUUGCUAAACCUGGAGAACAUGUAUGGCACAGAGGAAGGACUGAUGAAAGUUUUUGAAAGAGCAGUCCAGUACAAUGAGCCUCUGAAGGUAUUUCAGCAGUUGGCAGACAUCUACAGCGCCUCUGAGAAACAUAAGGAAGCUGAUGACCUAUACAACACAAUGCUGAAACGCUUCCGUCAAGAAAGAUCUGUUUGGGUAAAGUAUACCACUUUUCUUCUGAAACGUGGUUUGAUGGAGGCAGCUCACAGACUUAUGCCACGGGCACUGAAAUGCUUGCCAGACAAAGAGCAUGUGGAUGUGAUUUCAAAGCUGGCACAGUUAGAGUUUCAGUUUGGUGAUGCAGAACAUGGCAAGACCCUGUUUGAAAACACCCUGAGCACAUACCCCAAACGUACAGACAUCUGGUCAGUGUACAUAGAUGUAAUGAUAAAACAUGGCAGCCAAAAAGAAAUCCGGGAUAUUUUUGAAAGAGUGAUUCACCUAAACUUAACAGCAAAGAAGAUGAAGUUUUUCUUUAAACGCUAUCUGGAGUAUGAGAAGAAGUAUGGCACUGUGGAAACAAUCCAGGCUGUGAAGGCAGCAGCAUUGGAGUAUGUGCAAUCCAAGAACAGUCUUGCUGAGAGCUAACCUUUGCGGUAGACAGACUUCGGGGUCUUGCUUUCAAACCCAGUAUGUUGAGAAGGGAAGCGGAUAUAACUCAUCUGUAGUAAGUAAAGCCAUCCUGCUUUUUUGCAUUUCCCAAUGAGCUCAAUAACAGAUUGGACUAGCCAGGACCAGAGAUUAACAGUGUAAGUGAUGUAAAUGUUUUACACCUUUUAUAUCCCCCCAAAUUUAAAUAAAAUAAU